ACCGAUGGAUCAAUUGCUUAUGUGAACAUACCCAUUAUUGGAAAUGGUGUUUUUUCCUUCAAUUUCAAGAGCAAUUUCAUCUUCAUUGAGAAAAACUAGGCAUAUCCAUUAUGGGAAAUUGCGGUUGUUGAGCAAUAUUCCUGAGAACACAGUGUACGGUGGACCAAAACCCCAAAACCCAAAUCAAAGAGUAACCCUAACUUCGUUGAGGCAAAAGUAUAAGAAGGGUGAACCGAUAACAAUGGUGACGGCUUACGAUUACCCAUCAGCUGUACAUAUAGAUAUGGCUGGAAUUGAUAUAUGUCUUGUGGGUGAUUCUGCAUCUAUGGUGGUUCAUGGUCAUGAUACUACUUUACCCAUUACCAUUGAUGAGAUGCUUGUUCAUUGUAGAGCUGUUGCUAGAGGUGCUAAUGCCCCUCUUCUUGUUGGUGAUUUGCCUUUUGGCACUUAUGAGUCUAGUACUAAACAGGCAGUUGAUACAGCUGUUAGAUUUCUAAAGGAAGGAGGAAUGGACGCGAUUAAGUUGGAAGGUGGGGCACCAUCGAGAAUUACAGCAGCUAAAGCUAUUGUCGAAGCAGGGAUUGCUGUAAUAGGGCAUGUGGGAUUAACACCUCAGGCGAUCAGUGUCCUUGGUGGAUUUAGGCCUCAAGGCAGAAACAUUGAUAGUGCAGUCAAGGUUGUGGAAACUGCCAUGGCAUUGCAGGAAGUAGGGUGCUUUUCUGUUGUUUUGGAAUGUGUGCCUGCACCUGUGGCUGCAGCAACAACAUCUGCUCUUCAGAUCCCCACUAUUGGAAUCGGUGCUGGGCCUUUCUGCAGUGGUCAGGUGCUAGUUUAUCAUGAUCUUCUUGGGAUGUUGCAACACCCGCACCAUGCCAAGGUUACUCCUAAGUUCUGUAAGCAGUUUGGACAGGUUGGAGAUGUUAUCAACAAAGCUCUUCUGGAAUACAAGGAAGAAGUAACUAACGGUAAAUUUCCUGGCUCUGCUCACAGCCCAUAUAAGAUUGGCGCAGCCGAAAUGGAUGGUUUCUUAAACGAGUUACAGAAGUUGGGUUUCAAUGAUGCAGCUUCAGCAGCAGCUGCUGCCGCUGAAAAGAUUCAGACAAGCUAAUUUACCCCCACCCCCUCCCCCCCCGCCCUGAUUGAGCCUUGUUUGGAUGGUUGUUACCCGCUAUAUUCUAUUAUAUUGUUAAUUUAAAUAAAAUGUUUGUUUUCAUUGUUAAA